ACAUCUGGGAAGGUCAAUGAUAGCAUCUGCCUAGAGUCAAACCUCAGUGCUUCAGACUGCCUAUUCACCAUGAGUGGGUGCCUAUUUUUAGAAAAUAACUUUGGAUAUGCUUCAAAAAAUCUCCCUUUAGAAGGCAGUGAAGAGGGAAAAUCACAAACUGGUGUGAAUAGAGCCAGUAAAGGAGGUCUUAUCUAUGGGAACUACCUGCAUUUGGAAAAAGUUUUGAAUGCACAAGAACUGCAAAGUGAAAUAAAAGGAAAUAAAAUCCAUGAUGAACAUCUUUUUAUUAUAACUCAUCAAGCUUAUGAACUCUGGUUUAAGCAAAUCCUCUGGGAAUUGGAUUCUGUUCGAGAGAUCUUUCAGAAUGGCCAUGUCAGAGAUGAAAGGAACAUGCUUAAGGUGGUUUCUCGGAUGCACCGGGUGGCAGUCAUCCUUAAGCUGUUGGUGCAGCAAUUUUCCAUUCUCGAGACGAUGACAGCCUUGGACUUUAAUGACUUCAGAGAGUACUUAUCUCCAGCAUCAGGCUUCCAGAGUUUGCAAUUCCGACUAUUAGAAAACAAGAUAGGUGUUCUUCAGAACAUGAGAGUCCCUUAUAACAGAAGACAUUAUCGUGAUAACUUCAAAGGAGAAAAUAAUGAACUGCUACUUAAGUCUGAGCAAGAAAAGACACUUCUGCAAUUAGUGGAGGCAUGGCUGGAAAGAACCCCAGGUUUAGAGCCAGAUGGAUUUAACUUCUGGGGAAAGUUAGAAAAAAAUAUCACCAAAGGCCUAGAAGAGGAAUUCAUAAGGAUUCAGGCUAAGGAAGAGUCUGAAGAAAAAGAGGAACAGGUGGCUGAAUUUCAGAAGCACAAAGAGGUGCUACUGUCCUUAUUUGAUGAGAAACGUCAUGAACAUCUUCUUAGUAGAGGUGAAAGACGGCUGUCAUACAGAGCACUUCAGGGAGCAUUGAUGAUAUAUUUUUACAGGGAAGAGCCUAGAUUCCAGGUGCCUUUUCAGUUGCUGACUUAUCUUAUGGACAUAGAUUCACUCAUGACCAAAUGGAGAUCCAUGUGUGCAUGGUGCACAGAAUGCUGGGCAGCAAAGCUGGCACCGGAGGCUCCUCAGGAUAUCACUACCUGCGCUCAACUGUGAGUGAUAGGUACAAGGUAUUUGUAGAUUUAUUUAAUCUCUCAACGUACCUGGUUCCCCGACACUGGUUGCCGAAGAUGAACCCAAUAAUUCACAAAUUUCUAUAUACAGCUGAAUACUGUGAUAGCUCCUACUUCAGCAGUGAUGAAUCCGAUUGAAAUCAUCCUCGAAAUCGAUGAAGAAUACCGGUUUCUCAGUCUAUUUUUUAUUUUCUGUGAACUUACAUAAAUAUGUAGUUUUAAUAAAUGUAUAUAAAUAUUGUUCAGCACCACAGUGCUCUCAUUUAAUUCUAGGAAUAAUUUAAUUACCUCUUGUUUGUGAUGAGAUUAAGCGUUAAGAAGAGAAAUAAUUCAUUUAAACAGUAACAUUGUACAGAGUGUUUUCUUAUUAAAAAUUCAAUUUCCCCUGAGACCUCAUGUAACUCCUUAAUGUAAUCAUUAUCUCAUUGUUUCAUACUUUAUAAACUUAUAAAUUUCAGCUAUUUCAAAUAUUUUAUGCAGUAAACUGUCAUUCUGUACAAAGAUUUUAAAACAAAAUUAAAAAAAAAAUAAAGCAUUCGUCUUUCUCCCUGUAUUAUUUUUGAAACAUUAAUCAUAUUUGUUUGGAAUCUUAAUGACCAAAGACAGAAAUCUAUCUGAAGUUUAGCUAGAGGAGAUAUAGUGGAGAAUUACUAGCUCGGAGAAUUCAAAUGAACGCUGGCCAAAAAACCUUAAAAGAGGAUCCUGGAAGCUCUGACGCCACAAGGACUGGGUUCAGUUCCUGGAGUGCUGUAUUCCUGGAACACUCGGAGGAUCCUUUCUGUCUCAUCUCCUCUUCCCUGUAGUAGAACGGCUCCUGUCUCAGGCUGGGUCCCAGUUCCCAGCACCAUUGAACUCACACAGGGAGAAGCUUCUCUUUGUCUCAGCUCCUAUGCCUGUGUUCUGGGAGGUGGUGUGAACUCCAAUGCAUGUAGAACUGAGGUUGGCACAAGUAGCAGUUCCCUCAAAGAAGAUGUGUUUUCCAGAAGAAACGACACAGACUAAACAGUGACCCACUUCAUUUCUAAUAAAACAUAUUAAUUAGACUAAG